AGUCCCACUUGCUAUAACACCCUUCGGAGAAAUGAAGCGUGCGCAACCUUCAUUUUUGAAUGCGGUCGAAAACAGCGUAGAUCGCCGCCGCCGUCCCCGGCCGAUCAGUCGCAUUAGGUUGGAAACAUUACUGGCUGAUGAUCGUCAAUCGUGUGUGUCUUUGCCUCAUGGAUCAACGAUGCCACUCGCGACCGCAGCCGUGUUGGACGAGGUGUUUGAGGAACAGUACGAGCCAGAUGAUGCGGUGGUUGAGACGAAGGAAGAAGAAACGGUAAAGGUAUGUCUGCGCUUACGGCCCUACACCAAAAUGGGUGGCCGUAUGUCGAUCAAAAUCAAGGAAAACACAUUGAUCGCUCGCUGCCAGGGUGAAAAUCAGUCCUCGUCGGAAAAACACUACACAUUCAGCAACGUGUUCGAGGAGAAUGUUUCGCAGGCCGAGGUGUAUGAUUGUUGCAUCCGGCCCACAAUCCGUCCUACGCUGGGUGAACCGGGUGCUACCUUUCUGACGUACGGGACGUCGGGUUCCGGCAAAACGUAUACUUUGCUCGGAAAUGAAGGACAGCCGGGUAUUGUGCCACGAUCGAUUGAACAGAUUUACGAGGAGCUGUACGAUCACAUUUCGAUCGAUCCGAGUCUGAAGAUGGAAUGUAUGAAACCAAUACCGCUGAGCGAUGAAUCGGUGCUGGAUGAGUUACGAAAGCUACAAACCAUCAAGACUAGGCUGGGCCAGGGAUGCAAGGAAAGCCAGAAUAUAAUCAGCGAUACCAUCCAGAGUCAGCACCAGUUUCAACCGCUGGAUAUGGGUGAUAAGCGUGUAUUCAUAUGGAUAUCGUUCGUGGAGAUUUAUAAUGAAAAUGUGUACGAUUUGCUAAACCUGGACGGUGACUAUGGAAAGCGUAAACCGAUGAAGGUCUUGUCUAACGAUGGUAAUGCCUAUAUCAAGGGUUUAUCCACACUGUACGCCGGUACGAAGGAAGACGCUUACAAUUUGCUCCAGUACGGGUUGCAGAGUGCCACAUACGGUGCUACGGACGUUAACAGUAACUCCAGCCGAUCUCAUAGCAUCUUCACGGUCACUGUCAUAACGCACUCGGUAUCAACGCAACGAAUUUCCCAAUCGGUUUACAAAUUUUGCGAUCUUGCCGGUUCGGAACGGCUGAAGAAAACGGGAACGUUUGGCGAUCGUUUGAAAGAGGCGCAGAAAAUUAACACUUCGCUGCUGGUGCUUGGCCGCUGCCUCGAGACCGUACACAAGAAUCAGAAAACGAAGAAAGUACACGAUCUGGUGCCGGUGCGCGACUCGAAGCUAACCAUGAUUAUACAAUCGGCACUGCUCGGUAAAGAACCGAUGACGAUGAUCGUCAACGUGUAUCCGACGGAAGAGUUUUACGAUGAAAAUUUGAACGUGCUGAACUUUUCCUCCAUCGCCAAGCAGAUCGUUAUUAGUAAGCAACCGAAGAUAAUGAAAGCAUCGCACAGCACACGAUAUUCGUUUUUCCUUAGCCAAGCCAUGGGCAGUCCGUCGUCGAAGAUUGACACCAAUCAGCUGCUGGUAGAGUAUGAGCAUUUGAAGCAUGAGAACGAUCGUCUGAUUGCCGAAGCGGAACAGAAAAAUGCCGAGAUUGAUUGUCUUCAGAAGAAGCUGGUGAUACAGGAGUUUCAGCUUCGAAACGAGCUGACGGAUAAUUUUCAGCAGCAUUUCGCUACUAUGGAAGAAUCGUUCCAGCAACGCAUUCAGAGUGCACAGGAGCUAGCCAUACUGCCCUUCAAGCAUCAGUUGGCUUCACUGGAGAAAAAGCUCAAAUCGAAAGAACAAACGAUAAUGGAAAUGGAAGACGAACAGGACGAUUACGAGAGAAAGCUGAAGGCGUACGAGGAAGAGCUGAACAAGUAUCGCUUGCAGCAAAGCCGUGUCCGAAGACUGUCUGUUUAGUGAGGAAAAGUGAAGCUUCGAUAGUAAAGCG